AUGCCAGAUAGAAUUAACAAUGAAGACUUGAACGAAAAUGUCAGGAAUCAGGACAUACCUAAGAAAAAAAAAGAUGGUGGAAUCAUUGAGAAGUGUGAUGAAAGAAAGCGGAAUGUACAUGUUCCAAAGCACAGGAAAAUGAAAGCAAGUAAAUCCAUGCAGUGUGGACAAUAUUUCAGAAAGAGAUCACAGCUUCUUGUGCACCAAAGAAUACACAGAAAGGAGAAACUUUCUGCAUACUCAGGGGUGAGAAAUAAAUUCAGUCAGAGAAACACUCUUCAACUGCACCAAAAAACCCACAAAGGGGAGAAGCCUUUUGAGAGCUCAGAGUGCAGAAAGAAAUUCAGUCAGAGGGGCAAUCUUCAACAUCAUCAGAGAACCCACACAGGGGAGAAACCUUCUGAAUGCUCAGAGAGCGGAAAGAGAAUCAGUCAGAGUGGCAGUCUACAGUUGCAUCGCAGAACCCACACAGGGGAGAAACCAUUUGAAUGCUCAGAGUGUGGGAAGAGAUUCAAUACGAGUAGCAAUCUUAAACAGCAUCAGAGAACCCACACAGGGGAGAAGCCUUUUGAAUGCUUAGAUUGUGGAAAGAGAUUCAGUUGGACUGGCAAUCUUCAGCUGCACCGCAGAACCCACACAGGGGAGAAAUCUUUUGAAUGCUCAGAGUGUGGAAAGAGAUUCAGUCGGAGUGGCAGUCUUCAGUUGCAUCACAGAAACCACACAGGGGAGAAACCUUUUCAAUGCUCAGAGUGUGGAAAGAGAUUCAGUACAAGUGGCAGUCUUCAGUUGCAUUGCAGAACCCACACAGGGGAGAAACCAUUUGAAUGCCCAGAGUGUGGAAAGAGAUUCAGUCACAGUGGCCAUCUUCAAAGGCAUCAGCGAAUCCACACAGGGGAGAAACCUUUUGAAUGCUUAGAGUGUGGAAAGAGAUUCAGUUGGACUGGCAAUCUUCAGCUGCAUCGCAGAACCCACACAGGAGAGAAACCUUUUGAAUGCUCAGAGUGUGGAAAGAGAUUCAGUCGGAGUGGCCAUCUUCAAAAGCAUCAGCGAACACACAGAAGGGAGAAACCGUUUGAAUGCUCGGAGUGUGGAAAGAAAUUCAGUACGAGAGUCAAUCUUGAACUCCAUCAGAGAACCCACAGAGGGGAGAAACCUUUUGAAUGCUCAAAGUGUGGAAAGACAUUCAGUACGAAUGUCAAUCUUGAACUCCAUCAGAGAACCCACACAGGGGAGAAAACUUUUGAAUGCUCAGAGUGUGGGAAGGGAUUCAGUACGAGUAGCAAUCUUAUACAGCAUCAGAGAACCCACACGGGGGAGAAACCUUUUGAAUGCUUAGAUUGUGGAAAGAGAUUCAGUUGGACUGGCGGUCUUCUGCUGCAUCGCAGAACCCACACAGGGGAGAAACCUUUUGAAUGCUCAGUGUGUGGAAAGAGAUUCAGUCAGAGUGGCCAUCUUCAAAAGCAUCAGCGAACCCACACAGGAGAGAAACCUUUUGAAUGCUUAGAGUGUGGAAAGAGAUUCAGUUGGACUGGCAAUUUUCAGCUGCAUUGCAGAACCCACACAGGGGAGAAACCUUUUGAAUGCUCAGAGUGUGGAAAGAGAUUCAGUACGAGUGGCCAACUUCAAAGGCAUCAGCAAACCCACACAGGGGAGAAACCUUUUGAAUGCUUAGAGUGUGGAAAGAGAUUCAGUCGGAGUGGCAAUCUUCAAAGGCAUCAGAAAGGCCACAAUGGGGAGAAACCUUUUGAAUGCUCAGAGUGUGGGAAGAGAUUUAGUCAUAGUGGCAAUCUUCAAGAGCAUCAGAGAACGCACACAGGGGUGAAGUCUUUUGAAUGCUCAGCGUGCGGAAAGAGAUUCAGUCGGAGUGGCCAUCUUCAAAAGCAUCAGCGAACCCACACAGGGGAGAAACCUUUUGAAUGCUUAGAGUGUGGAAAGAGAUUCAGUUGGACUGGCAAUCUUCAGCUGCAUCGCAGAACCCACACAGGGGAGAAACCUUUUGAAUGCUCAGAGUGUGGAAAGAAAUUCAGUACGAGUGACCAACUUCAAAAGCAUCAGCGAACCCACACAGGGGAGAAACCUUUUGAAUGCUCAGAGUGUAGAAAGAGAUUCAGUACGAGUGACCAACUUCAAAAGCAUCACCGAACCCACACAGGGGAGAAACCUUUU